UUCAAUUAAAACAAAAUGGAACGGCUCACCUACAAUAGGUUCUCCUCUCUUGCAGCGCCUACGAUGUGGUCCACCCGCCUGUUUAGUGUGUUCGCCUGCCUAGCCCUCGCCCUGAGCACAGCUCGGGCUCAGUUCUUCUAUCACCAGGCACUGGGGCUGCCAGCCAAGGCGGCCUAUGAGCCAGAGUCGCCGUACACGGGAUACGCCACAGCCGAGGCGCAUCCUUCGGUGGUGAAGAACGCACAGUGGGAGUCGGAGCUGCCUCACGAAUUAUCGAAGAGUGCCCGGUUCUAUGAUGACCCCGUCAUUGCAGCCAAUCUGGCGAAGGAGUCCCUGCUCACCCGCAAGGAAAUGGCCGUUAUCCACCGGGAGGCGGAGAAGAUUCCCCGCGAACAGGUCUACAAGCUCUUCAAGAACGCGGGCUACCUGAGUCGCAGAUAGAUGGGAAAACAUGUCCCGUAUCUCCCGUGCCUUGUUGUAUUCUAGUUCGUACUUUGUUGCUUUGUGUAUUAUAUAAUUUUAUGUUUGUGAAUAUAAUCAACAAUUUUUAAUCGUAUAA